CCUCUCUCAGACAUCCCAGGGGGGGGGGUGAGGGUCUUCCCUUUCAUACAUACCUUUACCACCACGCGCUUCUAUUUUGGCGAACCUCGUCUUUCCCACGCGGCUUUCUGGUCGUUGGAUCAUUCCCCGCAUCCUUUUCUGCUUCUUCCCCUUAUUCAUCACGGGCUAGAGCCACUACCUAAUCGGGCAAUGCUAAUUCUUAGGGGAAGCGGGCGAAUGCCCAAUCGCUCGUUAUUCUAUUGAAGCCUUAGACUACUACGGUUUUUCUUAGCAAACACAUACUCACGAAGCCAGCAUACGCUGCUUUACCGGACAAACAUGCAUGGAGUAAUAGCUCCCUGCUGUAUUCCUCCCUUUUCUAGCGAAGAGCAGUCACUCCAUCUGCUUGACCUAACAGGUAAAGAUGUACAGCGCCAUAUCUCUUUUCAUCGAUUGUCGACCAACGCACUGGGCGGAGAAAUCUCUGCAGCGAUGAAGGGAAUCCUUAGCGAAUGUGUCUUACGAUUUUACAAAUAUUCCAUUUACCCUGACCAAUGCACCAACUGUGGAUAAUUUUCGCUUCAAUAAUAGAUAGGGAGCCAAGAACCCUUUCUCCAACGCU